UGCUGGGACAAGACAACUCAGUUGCCCAUCUGUAGUUCAGCUGCCUGCCUUUCCUUUAAACUUCAUUCUGUGUUAUCUAUCUUGUUAACCACAAGUAAGACUGUGCAGGACAAAAUAUAUGGAGAAUCUUAAGUGAUAUGCAUGUCUCUUUGAAAUAUGUAAAGAGUGGGCUCUGGCCUGCAGGUCCCAAUUUUGAUAUACAUGCUGGAUUGAGCCACUGACCCAUGGAUAGGUAGAUAAACUCUCAGACUAUCAACAGUUUUCACCACUGACUGCACCAGAUGUCACAUUAUUUCAUGCCAAGUUGUGGACACUGUGAUGUGAUCAAAACCUACCUUAUAUUUUCUUUCUUCUCUGGUCUGCUUCAGGUGUAUUGAUCAACAGUAUGCUCCCACCUCCAUCUCCCUAAAGAAAGUGAAAACCACCACUGAGAUCAACAUGCUAGCUACAGAAAGAGUCCUUCUGCUGCUUAUCUCACUUCUGUCUUUUUUGUUUCAUUGUGAACAUUCACUUGCUUUUUCUCUAAAAAACUGCACAAUCCUGUAUUCUGAAAAUUCAAAGAAUGUAUCAGUUACAUGUGCAAAGCGUCACCUCACUGCUAUUCCAGAUGACAUUCCUGGUAAUGCAGUAUCGCUCAAUCUCAGCUCAAAUGACCUUUCAAAUAUUUCCAGGAUGUAUUUAAGAGGUUUAUCUAAGCUUGAAGCUCUAUAUGUUAAAAAUAAUUGGAUUUUACAAAUUGAUGAUGGAACUUUUGCAGACGUGGUAGAGUUAAAAGUUCUCGACUUGGGUGAAAAUUUACUCACAGCACUGACAAAAAACAUGUUUCAGGGCCUUUCCAAAUUAGAGACACUGUCUCUGGACGACAACAUUAUCUCAUUUAUUUCCCCUGUGGUCUUUCAGCCCCUGGUCAUCUUACGUUUAGUAGAUUUGAGCAAUAAUUACCUGCAUCAAAUUUCAGAUAUUGAUUAUAUUGUUAAACUUCCAACUUUACAACAUUUGGUUAUUACUCACAACAACUUUAUUUCGUUUCAGUCCGAUGACCUCCAUGUAAAUACUUCAAACCUACUCACCCUAAGUUUGGAUUCAGUGAAAAAGUUCAGCAUUACAAGAGACAUUUUUCCUCAUCUGCAGUCUCUGGACUUGCGAGGCUGGUCCAAGGACAUCGAGUGGGAAGUGUCAAACAAGACCUUUUUGAGGAGGAAGAAAGGUAUUCCUCACAGCUACGAUGCCUUUGUCUCCUACAAUGUUCAUGAUGAAGCUUGGGUCUGUGGAGAGUUGCUUCCAGAGCUGGAGGGUCAACAGGGCUGGAGACUCUGUCUGCACCACAGAGACUUUGAACCAGGUAAGCCCAUUGUAGAAAACAUUACAGAUGCCAUCUAUAGCAGCAGAAAGACUAUCUGUGUGAUCAGCCCAAAUUACCUGCAGAGUGAGUGGUGCUCCAAAGAAAUCCAGAUGGCCAGCUACCGUCUGUUCGAUGAGCACAAGGAUGUGCUGAUCAUGGUGUUUCUGGAGGACAUACCAGCCAAGCAGCUGUCUCCGUACUUCCAAAUAAGGAGUCUGGUGAAGAGGAGCUCUUACUUGAGCUGGCCACAGGCUGGUCAACACACUGGAGUCUUCUGGCAGAAAAUACGACAAGCUCUCGAGAGAGA